AAUAUAAACACUUUCCUAAUACACAGAGAGAGUGAAGAGCCAUGGAAGCUAAUUUCUCACUCAUCACUCAAUUACUCAUCUUCAUUGUCUUCGUUUUCAUGGCUUCCCAAUGUUACCGCAGAAGAAAGCACUCAGUACUCCAUUGUGCAGCUCUCCCACCAGGCCCAAAACCAUGGCCUAUUGUGGGCUGCCUCCCACCAAUGUUGGCCACCAACUCACCAAAAUACCAAUGGAUUCAUGCAGUGAUGAAGCAAUUCAACUCUGAAAUUGCCUGCAUCCGUCUCGGCAACACCUACAUAAUCCCAGUGACUUCUCCAGAACUGGCUCUUGAAUUUCUCAAGACAUAUGACUCUGCCUUUUCUUCACGUCCUGUCCAUCAAACCAUCAACAUCUUAACCAAUGGAUUUCUCGGUACUAUUUUUUCGCCGAUGGGAGACCAAUGGAAGAAGAUGAGAAGAAUACUCGCGUCACAAAUAUUCAGUUCAUCAACUCUUCAACGUAUGAUUGGCCAUAGAACUGACGAGGCCGAUACUCUUCUACGUUAUAUUUUCAGCCUCACCACCACUAACACCAGCAAUAAAGGCAAUGCAGUGGUUAAUGUGAGAAGCGUAACGCAACAUUAUAGUGGUAACAUUAUCAGAAGAAUGUUAUUCAACAGAAGGUACUAUGGCAAAGGGAGGGAAGAUGGAGGGCCCACUACUGAAGAAGAAGAGCAUAAUCAAGCGUUGCUAACAAUUCUAAGGCAUGUUAAUGCAUUUUCUAUAUUAGAUUUCAUGCCUUGUUUGAAGCCAUUUGAUUUAGAUGGACAUGAGAAGACCAUGAAAAAGGCUUUGGAAGUCCUUCGAAAGUAUGAUGAACCCAUUAUAAAUAAGAGGGUGCACCAAUGGAAAGAUGGGAAAAGGGAAGGAGUAGAGGACAUUCUUGAUAUACUCAUUUCACUUCAAGAUGAGAACAAAAGAAUGUUGUUGUCAAUUGAGGAGAUUAAGGCUCAAACCAUGGAGCUACAACUUGCAAUGAUCGACAAUCCUUCAAACGCUGUGGAAUGGACAAUUGCAGAACUACUCAAUCAAUCAAAGAUUCUUCAGAAAGUAAUUGAAGAAAUGGACAGAAUAGUCGGAAGAGACAGGCUUGUUCAAGAAUCUGAUAUCCCUAAACUCAAGUAUCUCACUGCUUGUGUUAGAGAAUCUUUUCGACUUCAUCCAUUUUCACCCUUCAAUGUUCCUCAUGUCUCAAACUCUGACAUCAUUGUAGCUGGUUACUUCAUUCCCAAAGGUAGUGAAGUCGUGCUAAGCCGACUGGGGCUCGGUCGAAACACGAGGAUCUGGAAGGAUCCGAUGCGGUUCGAUCCAGAACGCCAUCUUAAGGAUGGAACGGUUGAAUUUGGAUUGUCAGAACCGAGUCUACGAUUCAUUAGUUUCAGUAGAGGGAGGAGAGGCUGCGUUGGUAGCUCAUUGGGCACCAGCAUUACCAUGAUGCUAUUUGCUAGGCUACUACAAGGAUUUUCAUGGAACUUACUGCCAGGAACCACAAAGGUAGGAUUCUCUGAGUCUGAUGAACUCUGCCUCUCGAAACCAUUACACCUACAUGCAAAGCCACGUCUAUUUCAUAUUAUGUAUGCAACUUGUUGAUCAUGAAUCGGUACAUCCUAGCUCUCGAUUUGCUUAUGCUUUGCGAAUUCUACGUACUCUCAUUAAUUUGUGUAGGUAAAGUAAAUUAAAUGUCAUGCGAGCAAUAUUGCAAUAAAUAAAUUAUGCAUGUUAAAUUUCA